CAAGCAUGAAGAAAUCAGUGGGCGCAUUAAAGGAAGGAAUUGGGUAUCAUUCUAAUGUGAAUUACCAAAGCUCCUUUAAGAAGGGCUGUAAUGUUUCUGUAAAUGACUCUUCCAGUCAUCCUACAUGUAGUCUUACUUUAAUCAACAAGAAGAAGCAUAGAUAGCAAUCGCAGGAAACGGAGAGUAGCUGAUGAUUUAAAGCAAAAAUCAGGAGUUAUUUGUAAAAGAAUUUAUACUAAAAAGGCCUUGGAUUACAAUCCAGACUUGCCUGCUUCAAACCCUCAGGAGAAACUUAGCGAAGUGGGUCAGAAUCCUGUUGAGACUGCUCUUUCAGAGUUUUCUUCUGCUUCGAGGAAUAUUAGAAAAGAGCGACUGGAAAAUUCUUAUCAAACUUUAAACCCGAAACAGAAUAAAGGAAUGCUUGAUUCACAAGCUUGUGGUCAUCCAUUAGAGAAUCUUUCUUUGAAGAGCAAAUUACUGCUGUUACCGAAUAGUAUAAAACCUCGUAGGAAGAAGCUAAAGAAGCGGAGGAAUAAGUUUAAGAUUAAUAUCAGUCAGAUUCAGCAAAGAGAGCCUAGUUAUUUCAGCACUCAAGUCCAGGCAGAAGGAAAUAAUAUCAAAAAUAUACAGACCAGCAUGGAUAAAUAAUAAUUCUGCUUGUUCUCUGACCCUAGAUCAGGAAGCUGGUGAUGGCCAUGAAGGAAGAAGAUGCUACGAAUCCUCAAAUCAAACUACAAGAAUGAACAUGAUUGAGUAUACCCCAAUGGAAGAUAUCAAAUUUGACUCCAUGUUCCACCCUAAGCCUGGCAACCAUAAUUCCAAAGACCAAAGUGUUCUUACAGAAGAUCAUGAUAAUUAUUACAAAAUCUCUGAGAACGAAAAUAAAGAUUUAUCGAGAGUCAAAUCAUUCUCUGGGAGAAGGAAGUGCUAUAAUUCUUCUGGUGGCAAGACUAGAGUGAAGCAUAAAUAAGUCUGGAUUCAAAAUGGACAUUUGUGAGUACAAUAAAUAGGUUAAUCUCUGAGUCAAUGCAAGAUAUUACAACGAUGCAGCACUUCAUGCACUCUUUAGGUCUCGGCUUCAUGCGUAGCAGCCAGGAGACACGUAAAAUAUCUCCAGAGGGAGACCAUGAAGAGCAUGCCCCAAGUAAUGGGUAUGCUAAGGUGAUCAAUUCCUGAGAACCCUCGUUUGUUAGUUCAUUUGCAAAGGAUCGAGGGAAGCGUGAGUGUUUGAAUAUUCAGGUCAAUCCAGUUAAUGUAGUCUCUCUUAACAAUUGAGUCCUGAACAUGCCCUUAAAAAGACGAGUUAGAAGGAAGAACUCAGCUAAAACGCCAAAGAAUAAAGUUAGAAAGAAUCGAUCCACAAGAAAUGUCAAACCAACUAAUAUGCAUAAAAGAUGCUAUUUUCAAAAUAAAAAUGACGCUUAUUUUUCCAAAAACAUUCAUGAUUGAAAAAAGGAUUAUUACUCCAUACAACACAAUUCAUGAGAAGGCCUAUAAACCUCAAAGAGCCACCCUAGACCUCCAAACACACACAGAGAAGAGAGUGAACAAAAUCGAACUAAAACUCUAUAA